AAGUGUGAUAUGUAAACAUUGUUGCUUUUUAUUUUGUACUAGAUUCGUCAUAAUGGAAUAGUACCUACAAUCAUAUUGGUAACAAAUGAGUCAUGGAGUCAAUAUAACAAAUUCUUUGUUUUUAUUUCUGUUAGUCAGUCUGUAACCAUCACUGUGAUCACAAUGUCGACUAGUGUGUCCAAUAAACCUAUUUACGAUAUUAACAAAGCCGAGGAACUGUUUGAAAAAUUUAUUAAAGAUUUCGACAGACAAUAUAAGGAUGAAGCUGACAGAGAAGAACAUUAUCAAGCUUUUAUCAAAUCAUUGAAACGCAUCAAUGAGUUAAAUACAAAACAAGAUUCUGCGACGUACGAUAUAAAUAAAUUUGCAGAUUUUACCGAAGAGGAAACAAAAUGGAUGCGCGGAGUUGUAAAACCACAAUGAUUAUUUAAAGCUACAAGGAAGUGACAGAAGACAAGGAUAUGCUAAAAAGUAACA